ACCUCCGUGAGAAUCACCAUCAUUCUUCAUCGAUCUCGUCACUUUGCGCAUUCUCUCUGCCAAAUUCUCAAGCUGAGGAACGCCCGAAUCAUCACCAGUGAGAACAGCCGACGUUCAAAACUCCAUAACAUCAUUUAAUAUCUGCGAGUAAACGCGCUGCGAACCCGUUUUUGAUGCUGAAGCGAUAAUCGCAGUCAUGCGAUAUUGCACCUUAUUUCUGAUCUCUUGAUUUGCGCCUGAAAUAACUAACCAUCAAGAAUGUGCGUUGGUUUUUACACGCUCGAGCACCCGGAAUAUGCCCUUGUACUUUGCAGUAACCGUGACGAAUACCUCGAACGACCCACCGAAUUCGCUUGCUUUCAUUCAUUCGAUAAGCCAAAGGAACAUAGCUUUCCAGAGAGAAAUAUUCUCUCUGGCAUUGACGUUCGUGCCGGUGGAACCUGGUUGGGUGUCAAUCGGUCCGGAAGAGUUGCCUUUUUAACGAACAUCACAGAAGAGUACAAGACGUAUGGUUCUUCCAGGGGCGACCUCGUUGCCAAUUUUCUUUCGUCCAAUUCAGAAGAGGACGUACACAAUCUUAUCCCUCCCGAUGCUAAAUAUGCAGGCUUUAAUUUAUUACUCUUGACACCAUCUACCCGUGGCGAACACGCCUUGACGUUCGAUGGAACGUAUGUCACCAACCAUGGCGGAGGAGGAACGCUCGUUGUCCGUCCGUUGACUGAUGCCGAGAGAAGAUGUGGAGGGUUGUCAAACGGAAUUGAUGGUAAAGGUGCUGAAUUGUGGCCAAAAGUCCAACACGGGCUUCAUUUGUUCAAAUCAAUCAUCAAGGCGGUCUCGCCGACCACUCCGGAGAAGGAACUAGCCGACAAUCUCUUUGAGCUAUUGACGUGGGUAUAAGCACGCGACAAGUCUAGCCCUUCCGCACUUACUUUGGUCAAAUUUCCCAGUUGGAAGUCUUCGCAGCCGCCAAGCGCACGCUCAGAGCUGAGGAAUACAGUCCAGGUGGAACCAUUUAUAAUCCAAGGGUCGCAAGAAUUCUAUGGAACGCGUCUUUCGACGGUGAUACUUGUGAAAAGAACCGGGGAAGUGUUGUUUAUCGAAAGAGAUCGAUGGAAGCUCGUUGAUGCCAAGCCUGUACUGUCAGAUCAGUCCUCGCAGCGUG